AUGCCAACAACCGUCCAAGACAUCCUCAAGCGAACAUGGCGCCCACCUCUCAACACCACGAUCCUCCCAGCUGACCACGACAAACACUACAAACCAUGGGGAUUUGUACUCUACCGCACAUGCUACAGCCCCGCGUCUGAGCCGCAGUGGCACGCACUCCUGGCCUCCAUCUCCUCGGCCGUGCUCGCUGAACUCGGCAGGUGCAGACAGCGAGGCGAAGAUCCUGACGCCGUUGCUAGAGUCGAAGGCGCGUUUACGCUGGACGUGCGCUCCGACCCCACCUUACUUGACAGCCUCGCCAUGGAUGAAGUGUGUGCGCUCUUCCGCGCCGAAACGGGAAACUCGGUGGCGGAGAUGCGCGAGCGGCUUAUCCCGCAUACCCUUAUCUUCCUGCUGGCUGAUGGAGAGGUACUAGAGAACGUUGCGGAGGGCGUGGUGAAGGUGGUGCAGGCGGCGCCGGGUGAGAAUGCGGACCCGGAGGAUUACUGUCAGUGGAUGAGAGUGCAUGCAUGGGGGCUGGUGGAGAUGUGGGUUCUGCUGGGGGUGUUUGAGGGCCAGUUGUUUGAUUUGAUGGAUGAUGAGGGGCCGGGGGCCUUGUGGACUGUGUAG